AGUAGAUUUAAUUUUAUAAAAUAAGGUUAAUUUGCGAGAAGGAAGCUUCAAUGCACUGUUAAUCAUGUGUAUAGAUUAAUUGAAGUGCGAUAUGAUAACAAAAUUAAUUUCGAGUAAAAUCAUCAGAGAGAGGCAGUUUAGGGUGACUCGACGAAGAACAAUAAGAUGCAUUCGUGAUGUGUUUGCUCGCUUAUGUCGUGCUCGCACCUCCAAGUAACGUAAUUAACUUGAGAAUGGGUUGUGUUAAUAGUCGAACUGAUAUCAAUGAUUUGCAUCCUAAUGUCUUUCAAGUGAUGAACGUCGAUGAUUUGGGAAAUUUGAUCACACCUGGGAGAUUGGAAGUUACAGAAUCUGAUAUCAUUUUAUAUCAGCGUAGCAAAUCACCGGUAAAGUGGCCCCUACGCUGUUUACGUCGUUAUGGUUACGAUGCUGAAAUUUUUAGUUUUGAAUCUGGGAGGCGGUGUUCUACCGGUCCAGGAAUUUACGCUUUUAAAUGUCGUAGAGCAGCUCAACUAUUUAAUCUUGUACAAACAUAUAUUCAGCAAGUUUGUAAUAACGGCGACGAUGCAAUAUCGAGAGAAAUGCCAAUUGGUGCCCAUUCUGGGCCUACGGUAACAAGAGUGGCAAUACCAAUGGAGUCUAAUUAUCUCGAUCCAACAUCAACACGAAGUAAUGGACGUAUUUUAUCUUCAUUUUCUAAUCAUCAACAAAAUGGAAGACUGAGUAGCAUAGGAAGCAGUAGUGGCCCGAUAUCACCCCAAGGAACAAUGAGUUCUCCAUCACCGCCUCCUAUGCUUCCAGCAUCGUUACCACCGCCUCCACCAAUUCCACAUUUUCAUUCGUCCUUAUACGUUAACGAAGAAGCUCUGCAAGCAGUUGCCACCGCGGAUUUGGAACAUAAUAAUAAUAAAAGUCUAGCCAGAAGAUCAAUGCAAAGAUCUCACACUGUUAGCAGCUCAAUAUCGACUAACGGUUUACUAUCGUUUGAACAAGUUUCUGGACAAAUAGUAAACUGCGAAGUUUCGCUAUCAAAGCAGAAUCGCGCGGCUACGGUUCAGUCGUCGGCGCCUUCGUAUAUUAAUGUUGACCUCAACAGCGACGGAAGUCCACUUUCCCCCUUACACAAAGCUUACGAAUCCUCGACAUCGUUUAAAGACGAAGGGAUCACGGAGCAGCAGGAUGGCAGUUGUAAUCCUACAUAUAUGAACAUAAGCCCAAGACAGGAAAAACUUGAAUCGGUGGCUCCAAUCGUCAAAGCUCGUCCACCCGCUCUCUUGAUUUUACAGCAGCAACAACAAUCGGAGUCGGAAGAUGGUUCGAGACAUUUUUACGCGAAUCUCGAGGCCAGCGAGUUGGAAGGUUUGAAGAAGCGCUUCUCCGCGACGUCCAUCGUCGAAAAAUUACCCGUACAAACUCCUCCGCCUCUUCUUAACGUCACAGCUGCCCGAGAAAUGAGUUACGCAGUUUUAGAUUUAGAUAAAAACAACGCGCCAUCAUCGAACAUUGGGACGGCAGCCAUAAUAACGGCAGCGUCAACGUCAGCGUCAACGUCAGCGUCAACGACGGCAUCGACUACAAUGACAAUUACGUCGACAGAGUCGUCAGUAACACCACAACUACCUCCUUCUUCCUCUCCGCCAGACUCGCCUCUCAAAUCCCAGCAAAUUGGCUACGUGACGAUCGAUUUCAAUAAGACGGCCGCUUUAUCGCAUUCGGUUAAUUCGUGUUUAAUCAGUGAUAUUGACGAAGGCUCGAGAAAAACACGCCAUAAUUCGACCAUUAGUGAAUUGAUAAGUCCUUCGAGUAGACAUAACUCUUCCAUGAGUGAGUGAUUUAUAUAUAUCUUCGUUUGAUUGUUAAAUGAUUAUGUCUCCCUUACUGUUUGCCGCUGUAAAUAAUUUGUAAAGGGCAUUUCUACUCGUAUGGAGCUAUAUGCUCUAAACAAAUUUUUAUCUAGCGCCGCGUAUUUUGCCAUCCAUAUAAUUCUUAAUAUGCACGGCAAUGUGAUUUAAGUAACACAAUUGCGCCAGAAAGUUGCUUGUUUCCCGUAAACUUUGACUGAAAGCUUUUGAUCGUUUAUUGAUUUCAAGUAGAUCGAAUAAGCUAAAAUCAUGUUGAAUUAAUUAGAUAAUAUAUCAGAUAAUAGUUUGGCAUUUGUAGAAUGAGAUUU